UUACCGUCUUCCUGUGAUGUGCCGCUGGACUUAAAUAAUAAUUUUGAAAGAUAACUGCACUUCCAUUGAGAAGCAAAAGAGUUACAGCAAAUAACUUAAUUAGUUGCUGAUAAAUUAAACAGAAGGCUUCAAUCAAGGAAGCGUCAGCGGGAAAUCAUGUUUUAUCAUAUUUCCCUGGAGCAUGAGAUCCUACUCCACCCUCGGUACUUUGGUCCCAAUCUCCUGAACACUGUGAAACAGAAGCUCUUCACAGAGGUGGAGGGAACAUGCACAGGAAAAUAUGGAUUCGUCAUUGCGGUGACCACCAUUGACAACAUUGGUGCAGGUGUCAUCCAACCAGGCAGGGGAUUCGUACUUUACCCCGUCAAGUACAAGGCUAUUGUCUUCCGUCCAUUCAAAGGCGAGGUGGUAGAUGCCGUGGUUACCCAGGUCAACAAAGUUGGACUGUUCACAGAGAUCGGCCCCAUGUCCUGUUUCAUCUCUCGUCAUUCCAUUCCCUCAGAGAUGGAGUUUGACCCCAACUCAAAUCCUCCCUGUUAUAAGACCACUGAUGAGGACAUUGUAAUCCAACAGGAUGAUGAGAUUCGGUUAAAGAUCGUGGGAACAAGAGUGGAUAAAAACGACAUUUUUGCUAUUGGAUCCCUCAUGGACGAUUACCUGGGUCUUGUCAGCUGAUGUACCAGCAGUGCUAUGCUGAUGUAUCAUCAUACAUCUCUCAUAUUUUAUGUAAAUGCCACGACAAUACAGUACUGUCAAUACAAAUAUUUUUCUAGGUUGAUAAUGUGGUAUUGCUACAAAUCCUGUACUAAGUGGGGACACAGUAUGAAUACUUACUAUUGAAACCACACAGAGCCUGUUGAUAAGCAGGUGGUUAUGUUGCUGUAUCUCUGAGUUACCCUUCAGUUGCUGUUGUAUAUUGUAUUUCUACAACUUGAACUGAAAUAAAUGUUUAUUUUUUGGUAAUGUUGA